CCCCUUCAUCCCGCGGUCGCUGCCAUGGCUGAGAACGAUCUGCCCAAGAAGCUUGUCCAGAGCGGGCUGCGCCCGGAGUUGAUGCCGCAGCAUGUGGCCUUUGUGAUGGACGGGAACAGGCGGUGGGCGCUGGCGCGGGGCCUGACGACGUUGGAGGGCUACGAGGCCGGUACAGACACGCUGAAGAAGAUAGUGGAGCUCUCAACCGCCUGGGGCAUCCGCGUGAUCACGGUGUUCGCCUUCUCGCAAGACAACUUCAGACGCCCCCAGGAGGACGUCAACUACACGCUGGAGUCGAUCGAGCGGGGCAUCCGUGAUACCAUGGACGUGUACGCGAGGAAAGGAUUUCGGGUGCAUGUCGCCGGUGAUCGCUCAAGAAUGCCAACUUCUCUGCAGGACGUUGCUCGUGAAGCUGAGGAGAUGACCAGGAACAACUCGCAGUACCAUUGCAUAAUCGCUGUCUGCUACAGCGGGCGGUGGGACAUCGUGCAAGCGUGCCGGGAGCUCGCCACCAAGGUGCAGGACAACAUGCUCCGGCCGGAGGACAUCGACGAGGAGAUGCUCGCCGGCCACCUCUCCACGAACGCUCUGGGAGAGUUCGGUUGCCCCGACCUUGUCAUCAGGACAAGCGGCGAGCUGAGGCUCAGCAACUUCUUGCUGUGGCAGUCGGCCUACGCCGAGCUCUACUUCAGCAACACCUUGUGGCCUGAUUUUGGGGAGGAUGACUACCUCCAGGCGUUGAAGGACUUCCAGAGCAGAGAACGCCGGUUUGGCCAAAGAAAAUCAUCCCAACAGGAGUAGAGGUGUGGUAUGCUUAAACGAUCUGAAAUGUAAGCGAGAUCUUCUCAAUGCUAGCAAGUUGCUUCCGAAUAAAAAGAGGAUGUGUGGUUGUUGACGGAAUACUGAAAGGUUGUUCAAGAAAAAGGGAUCUAGUAACAGUUAGUCCUGUUUAA